GCUUCACCAGGACACUUUUUGUGAAAGGAUUUCAGUUUGAUCUAAACACACACAACUUGUGUUGUUACAAUUACAGCAUCAGCGCAUAGCCCACUGAAGGUGCUCUAAAGCCGUGAUGAAUGUGUCAACACACCAAUACUGUUUACUUCAGGGGCUGUGGGACUUUGUGAGAUCCGGUCAGGAGGAGAUCUUGUUGUCCCCUUACCUGCCCGCUUUCAGUGCGUUUAUCACGCACGUCCUCCUGUGCGUGCCGUUCUUUAUUAUGGACUUACUGUCGUGCGUCUGCCCUCUGAUCCGCUCGUGGAGAAUCGAUACGGGUUCGGUGCCGAGCGUGAGAUGCUGGAUGGAGUGUUUGGGGAGGCUGACUGUCCGGUACCUGACAGUGGUGCUCCCCGUCACCGCGCUCCUGCAGUGCGCCCUGAAGACCCCCGUGUUACCCGAGCGAGCCCCAUCCUGCUACCGGUUCUGCGUGGAGGUGCUGGCGUGCUUUCUGCUGUUCGACGCGCUCUUCUUUGUCUGGCACCUCUCCAUGCACAGAAUCCCUUGGCUCUUCCGCAAAGUGCACCAGGAGCACCACAAGAACAAGGCCCUGAUCGCUCUGUCCGCCCAGGAUGCCAACGGGUGGGAGCUGCUGUCCCUUCUCCUCCUGGCCCUCAUCAGCUCCUGGUGGGUGGGGUGCCAUCCCCUGAGCGAAGCCCUCUUCCACUUCCUCAACAGCUGGCUGGCCAUAGAGGACCACUGCGGGUACGACCUGCCGUGGGGCCUGCACCGACUGCUCCCCAGUUUAGGACUAGGGGGCGCUCCGUUCCAUCAGCUGCACCAUACCAAGCACAAGUGGAACUACGCCCCCUACUUUACGCACUGGGACUUGCUUUUUGGCACGUACAAACAGUGAGCCGUAGAUAAGGUUCAGUAUACCAGUUUAUCACUGUUUCUACGUGGUUUGUACCUGUUUUAGCAGCUGGUUCAGGGUUUAUACAUUUCAGGACAUAAACAAGUAACCAAGCCAAUGAAAAAAAAACGUAAAAACAGGCAGCUACAGAAACUUGAGUCAGUCCAUCUUGCCGAUUUCGUCUGAUUUUGGAAGCCAAACACGGCGGAGUCUGGUUAGUACGUGAACGGAAAACCGCUUUUAACCUCCAAGAGCAACAAUGGGGCAGCAGUGGCUCAGGUGCUCACUGUUUUCGUGUCGUUCAGCAAGACACUGCUUAGAAACACUGCGCAAGGCAGCUGUGGAUAAAAUAGAAGCUUACCGCCAACGAGUAUGGAGUGAAUGAAGAAUGCACGACUUUUUUUUUAUAUAUUUUUUGAGCCCACACAAUACUAGCAGGGCAUUAAAACUGAGAAAGAUUUCGCCAACUUGUGGGAAUCUAACCUUUGAAUAACAAACGCACUUUUGCACUUUAGCACUUCAGCACUUUGUAUAAAAAAUGCAUUAAAAAAGAGUGCUUUUUGGGGGGAAAUGUUAUUUUUCUAAGUGUGCAAAGAUUUUAAAAGACUCUGUACCUGAUUUUUUAGUCUCUUAAAAACUUUAAAAAAUGGAAAUAGCUCAUCAUAAAAGAUUCGCGAUGAUCCAAAGUUAUUCCUCGCUUACUGUAUCCAUUCCAACCAUUCUAAUUAUUCACCGUGAUGCGUUUCGAAGUGCUGACAUCAACUAGCAUGCUAACGUGCACUUCCUCAUACGACCGACUCUGUUAAUAUUGGUUGUAUAUAAAGCAAGAUUAUUAUGGACCUGGUCUAAUAAUAUGAAGCGCAGUUUUGCUGUGACGGUGAAACUAACAAAAACCAGCAUGUUAACGGGCACUUCCUGAUUACUGGACAAUAAAAUCAAGCUCCAACUAGUGCAUAUUAAUGAGGCAUGAUUUAAAAUGCGUGCACUUCCUCAAACGGUAAUUUCUCUUAAUAUUUGUCGAAUAUGAAUUAGGGGUGUAACGAUACUCAAAUUUCUCAGUACGAUAUUAUCACGAUAUGCAUCUGACGAUACGAUAUUUAUUGCGAUAGUGAUUUGAGGUUAAUAUAAUUCUAGAUUGGACACUUUUAAAAUACCUUGAUAAGAUUUUGGUGUGAAUUAUUUUUGUCUUAAUCCCAAGAAUUCAAGUCAAAAACAUAUUUCUUCAUGUUGUCUGUGCUGAAAUGAAUCAUGGGAUAUGUAGUUUCUGAUGUUUAUAAGAUUUUGCUACUAUAAAACAUUUAAGCAAAGGAACUUAUAAUUCGAUUGUGAGACUUUUGACGAUACGAUAUCACGAUAUUUCAGGUAUUGUUACAUCCCUACUACAAAACAAGAUUAUUAUGGACCUGGUCAAUAAAACCUUAUAAAGCAGAGUUUUGCCAAGCAUGCUAACACACCCUUCCUGAUUAUCGGACAAUAAAAUGGUUUAUAAGUAGCAGACAGACCACUGCAGACUUAUUUUGAUCUCAAGAGCCGCUUGUACGAGCUGUACCGGGGCAAGUCAAAUACAAAACUCAAAUACGAAACUCAAAAAUCAGGUACAGGAUCCAGCAAUAUUCGAAACAAUGGGGCAUUUCAGACCAAGCCCAAACUGUAAUGUGAUCUGAAGCUCGGAGAUACGCAUCAGGAUUUUUUAUGAAUGACUUUUGGUGCGUCACUCUUUUAUCUGUAAUUAUACUCAAAUUAAUGGAGCGUGCUGCAACCUGAACCGUCUUUACUGCAUAUCUAAACAAACGCUACUGAAAGAGACGAGACAUUUCAUCAUUUAGGUCAGAGAGUGAAGACAAGACACUGCAGGUGAAAAGGAAAAAUGUGUAAGUGUAAGUGUAAGUGUGAGAGUAAACGUAAGUGUAAAGAUAUCAGUUUGAAACUUCUCCUGGGCUUUACUCAUAUAAAUGUAAGAAAAAAAUCUAUUAUGAGUUUUUCAGCAUGUAAUCGUUAAGGCAUUUUAUGUAUAAAAGCUGACAAAAUUUACCAUUUUUGUGAUUCAAGAGCCAGGUUUAAAUGUUGCUUCUUUUUGUUGACAUAUUAGAUGAUAAAAAAUAAAAAAAUAAAAAAAUAAUAUAAAUACAUAUACAGGGAGUUUUGGAUAUUAUUUGAGAAAGCAAAAUUUCAACUCAGUUUUUAGUUAAAGCUUCAAUAAAUCAGGCUUGGAAUUUGAUUAAAAAAAUAUAUAUAUAUAUAAUCAUUGUUAAAUACAAGAGGGGUGAUUCUUAUGUCCCAUUCACACAUGUUUGAAUUUAUUUUUAGUCUUUCUGCUUCUCCAUAAUCUCCAAAUGCUCUGUUCCACUUUGUUUAUUUAUGCAUUUAUUUAUUUGUGAUGUCGUAAGGGACUAUCUUUUACCUUUUCUUUAGCUGAUUUGCGGAAAUUCUGGGACUGAAAUGAUCCAAACGAUUCUAGUGAAGGUGUGUGGAGUUUAAAAACACAGUGGAGCACUUCUUGCAUUACCACAUGACAUCACAAGAUGGAACAGAGUGUUUUCAUAUGCAGCUUUAGUAUAUAUACUGUUUUUUUUGUUUUGUUUUUUUUUGCACUAUGUAACUUUUGUCUGGUCUGUCACCUGUUUGUGUCCAUGAAGAUGCCAUUGCUUUGCCUGGAAUGUUCCGCAGUGUGGCAUUAAACGUAUGUACACUGAGAUGAUGCCACUGUAGACCCGGUGAAAGGUCAGAUCUGUGAAGAGGCAAGCCUGCUCACAUUCAGAAUGCAUGUUUUUCAAUGUCAUUUUGAGGGUUAAAGCCAUACCGCGGAAUAUUUUCACAAAAGCGAUAAUAAUUAAUAAUAAUGUUCAAUUCAGCUGGCUUGAUUGUGAACAUUGUGGAACUUUUAUUUUUUUUCUUUUAUACAAUUCAAUUCAAAGUCUUAUUAUUGAUUUAGAUGACUGAAACUGGUCAAAUAAUCACCGAAAUCACUGAAUUAUUCCCAAAUUCAAGCACUCAUUUGAAAAUUUGUGGUUACCUAGCAACCACAAUGUAAACAAAGGCCAAAACUUGUUAAAAUUACACAAUGGAUAAGCUUAGACUAAUAAAAAAAUAAAUGGCAGCAUGUUUAUUUUGUUAAAUGAAGGUUUAAACUGUUUUAGAACUCUGUAUUUUUGUAUUUUUUUGUUUCAACUUUUUUGCAAAAACUUAACUUAAAGGUGCACUAUGUAACUUUUUGGUUAGGGAUCCAUCACCUGCUUGUUUCUAUAGAUAUGUACCUUAUAUUUGUUCAAUUACAGGUGGUUUUAUAGUGCAAAAUACAAAGAAAAACAUUCUGGAUUUGCAUUUUGAUGUGUAACUUGGUUUGGUUUGAAGACAGAAAGCUUUAAAACCAUACUGUGAAACUUUCCCGACGAAGCAAAAACAUCUCCACGGAGAAAAUGUUACACAAUGCACCUUCAAGUAAAACUGUGGCAUUAUUUUCCCACCAAACCAUAUCAUAAUUAGAAAAAUAUGAAAAUCUGUCAAAUGCACUUUAACUAGCCAAGGGUUAUUGUGAUUUUAAAUGGCUUCAGUUUUCAACAAAUGCUUUCAGUAAUGGGCUCCAGAUUUACCCCAGUGAGCCAAAGCCGACACAGAACAGAUUGUAUAUUUAAGAUUUACUGUACUGAAACGCUUUUGCACUGCUACAGAAAAAAAGUUUUGAAUGACUGUAAAUGAUGUGAACAGUGUGUGGAAUCAUGGGAGUGUAAAUAUGCAAGUGAAGUGUUAUAAAUGUUUAUAUGUAUUGUAGCAGGAUGUGAGUAACAAUAAAGAUUAUGUACAAAUGUGAA